AUGAUCGCGAAGCCAGCCUGUCUACUCGCGCUGAGCGCCUUCUUCCUUACUUUUGCCCACGCCUGUGUCAUCACUGGCAAUACCACGCUCACCGAACGAGACUGGCGAGACUAUGCACCUGCCCUAUGCACAGACAAGAAUUACCACUGCCUGACUGUCGAGAUCCGAGAUCAUUUCUUCAUCGGCUUCAAGCACCUCUACUGCGACAUCAGUAGGCAGGAGGACGAGCAAGCUCCGGAGCCUAGAUGGCGGACGUAUUUCUUUGAUGGCGUCUGUGAAGGUCAAAUUGCGAUGAAAUGUUUCUCCGAUCAGCAUAUUCGCACUCGAGGCCUGACCUCGUUCAGCUUCGGCCGCAAAGCCAAUCACAGCUCCGAGUUCAGCACGACCGACCCUAACGUCAAGGGACAGACAAGUGACCUACAGGUGGUCACCUUGACACCCGGCAAGGAGGUCCAGCGAAGUAAGACGCCUUGGGUCGAUUUUCAGCUUGCGUGCAGAUUUGACAAGUAGACAGAGGAGAGGGGCUGCGGCUGGGUCGCCUCGCAUUGCUGUGCUUUGCGCCGCUCCUCAGCAUCAUCUGCACCAACUCGAGCUUUUGACCUGAUGUAUGCGUAUAUGCUUAUAUUGUUUUUGAGUUGAG